AUGCCCAACCCCUCGAUAUUUCGGAUAGAGCUUGUCCGUAACCAUAAAGGGAUUACCUCGGAGAACUGGAACUCAAGCUCUCCUUGUUACUUGGCCACCAGCGGUGAGAUGUUCCGGGACGGAUGUGUACGUAGCCAUUCGCUGGAUAUCUUGAUAUACUAUCAAGACAUGGCUGAGACACGGCAUCAACUCGAGAUCUUGACUCCAUGCCAACCAAGCCAACCAUGUACACCUAGACCCCUCACCUAUGACGUCUAUGAUUCUGAGAUACCUAGAUACCUAGAUUGUGAGACACGGGAUUACGAACAAAUACCAAUUGGCGCAUCUCACUCGGACCCUGGCUAUUGCCUCAAUAGAUAUCCAACAUCUCAAAUAUGGAGAUUAUUGUCUGAGGCAAGCCUGAAGCUCAAUACCUUAUGGAGCAAGAACUUCAGAUGUCCAAGAAAAUAUCAAGCCCAGUUCCCGCUGAGUCCAUAUGGGAUUGAAUUUCAGUAUUCCUAUCGAGUUCUCUUCUUAUUCUUAGAUACCUUGACAGGGUCAUCACUGGAAUGA